AACAGCAGAGCUUGAACGUCACACUCCAGAAAUGAAACUAAAGUCAGUCAGAGCAACAACGGAGCUGCAGUCCAGAUGAGUGUGUUUCUGUCUAAAAGAAAAUUAAAGUGAGUCCAUCAGGUCUUUGUCAACAACACAGCAGAGUCUCUACCAAACACUGACAUGUCUGCUGCCAGCUGUCUGCUAUCUGAAGAUCAGUUUCUGUGCUCCAUCUGUCUGGAUGUGUUCACUGAUCCAGUCUCCACACCAUGUGGACACAACUACUGCAAAAACUGCAUCAAUCAACACUGGAACACUGCUGACCAGUACCUGUGUCCGGUGUGUAAAAAGGUUUUUAACAUAAAACCUGAGCUGCACAUCAACACUUUCAUCUCUGAGAUGGUUGCUCAGUUCAGAAAACUCAACAAGUCAACUCAACAGAAAGCCAGCAGCAGCAGCUCAGAGCAACAAGUUGCCAAACCAGGAGAAGUUUCCUGUGACGUCUGCACUGGAACCAAACUGAAGGCCCUGAAGUCCUGCCUGGUGUGUCUGACCUCCUACUGUGAGACUCACCUGGAGCCUCAUCUGACAGUGUCAGGCCUGAAAAGACAUCAGCUGAUGGACCCUGUGGAGAACCUGGAAGACAGGAUGUGUACGAAGCACGAUAAACCUCUGGAGCUGUUCUGUAAGACCGACCAGACAUGUGUCUGCAUGCUCUGCUCUGUUUUAGACCACAGGACACAUGAGUUUGUUCCUGUGAAAGAAGAAUGUGAAGGAAAGAAGGCAGAGCUGGAGAAGACAGAGGCUGAAAUUCAGCAGAUGAUCCAGAAGAGACGACUGAAGAUUGAGGAGAUCAAACACUCAGUCAAGAUCAGUAAAGAUGAUGCAGACAGAGAGAAAGCAGAAGGUGUUCAGGUCUUCACUGCUCUGAAGGAGUCUGUUGACAGAGGCCUGAACCAGCUCAUAAAGGAGAUGGAAGAGAAACAGAAAACCACAGAGAAACAGGCUGAAGACUUGAUCACAGAGCUGGAACAGGAAAUCUCUGAGCUGAUGAAGAGAAGCACUGAGGUGGAGCAGCUCUCACUCUCUGAAGACCACCUCCACCUCCUCCAAAACUUCCCAUCCCUGAAAGCUGCUCCACCCACCAAGGACUGGACAGAGGUCAGAGUCCGUCCACCAUCAUAUGAGGGGACUGUGGUGAGAGCUGUGGCUCAGCUGGAGGAGACGCUCAGUAAAGAGAAGAAGAAGCUGAUUGAGGCUGAGCUGAAGAGGGUCCAGCAGUGUGCAGUGGAUGUGACUCUGGAUCCUGAUACAGCACAUCCUGAACUCAUCCUGUCUGAUGAUGAGAAACAAGUGAAACAUGGUGAUGUGAAGAAGAAUCUUCCAGAAAAGCCAGAGAGAUUUUCUCCUUGUCCAUGUAUCUUAGGAAAGCAGAGUUUCUCUUCAGGCAGAUUUUACUUUGAGGUUCAGGUUAAAGGAAAAACUAAAUGGACUUUAGGAGUGGCCAGAGAGUCGAUCUACAGGAAGGGAAACAUCAGACUGAGCCCUCAGAAUGGUUACUGUACGAUAUGGUUGAGAAAUGGAAAUGAGUACAAAGCUAAUGCUGUCCCUCCAAUCACUCUCUCUCUGAAGUCUGGUCCUGAGAAGGUGGGGGUGUUUGUGGAUUAUGAGGAGGGUCUGGUCUCCUUUUAUGACGUAGAUGCUGCAGCUCUCAUCUACUCCUUUACUGGCUGCUCCUUCACUGAGAAACUCUACCCAUACUUCAAUCCUGGGUUUAAUGAUGGUGGUAAAAACUCUGCUCCUCUGAUCAUCUGUCCUGUCAAUCAAACUGAACAGACUAAUAACUAAAGUUAUGUUAUUAUUUAUUUUUCUUUGAGGGAACAAAUGUACAAAUUUAAUAUAAAUAUUGUACAAUUAGGAUCUUUCUACAUGAUCAGAUUUCUCUGGUGACUGAGUUUGCCACCAGUAUGUUCAUCAUGCCACCAUGAAAUUAUGAAACAUCCAGAUUAUCUUAUUCAGUAAAUUUGCAGCCAUAGAAAACAAAACUGAAAAAUAAACUCUGAUGUUGAAAAUAUUGGCCUCAGUGAGCAAUGAUUUAAGCACCAAAGGUUUGGAAAUAAAGUCUGAUAGUUACUGUUACAGUUUAAAAUUUUAAUCCUGAAGAUUUCAGUCCUGGUGGAUUUAAUGCCACCUGGUGGUUACUGGUGGUAACAACAACUGUGGUUUCUUAGAACAGGAGCUUCUUUGUCAGAACUGUAACAGAAGAGUAGUGGCAGCAGAAAUACAGCAGGAACAUAGAAUGAGUUCAGCCAAUGCUGAUUAAAUUUCUCUGUAUUUCA